AUGAGGUACAUCAGCACACGAGGCGACGGCGCGGAAGAGCUGACCUUUGAAGAGGCCGUUCUGCGAGGCCUCGCGCCUGAUGGGGGCCUCUACAUUCCGACGGAGCUGCCGACGCUCCCCGCCGAUUGGCAAUCGUCCUGGUCGAAGCUUUCCUUUGUGGAGCUCGCCUACGAGAUUCUUUCGCUCUUCAUUCCGGGCACCGAACAAGAAGGUGGUAUUCCCUCUUCCGACCUUCGCGAUCUCGUCCAGCGCUCAUUUGCCUCGUUCAAGGCGCCCAACGGCCUCGUCACGCCCAUUGAAAGGCUGGGCGAAAAGGAAUGGUGCUUGGAACUGUGGCAUGGUCCCACAUUUGCGUUCAAGGACGUUGCGCUUCAAACACUCGGAAAUUUGUUCGAAUACUUCUUGGCCAGGCGUAACGCAAAGAGGACCCAAAAGGGCGAGCCUAGGGAUUUCUUGACCGUCCUCGGUGCCACGAGUGGAGACACUGGAAGUGCGGCGAUUGCUGGUCUGCGGUCAAAGUCGGACAUCUCCAUCUUCAUCCUUCACCCAAAGGGUCGUGUGAGCCCGAUCCAAGAGGCCCAGAUGACCACAGUCCUCGACUCCAACGUGCACAACCUCGCACUUGAAGGCACGUUUGACGACUGCCAGGACGUCGUCAAGCUCCUCUUCUCGGACCCCGAGUUCAACAAGAAGCACCAUCUAGCCGCUAUCAACAGUAUCAACUUUGCGAGGAUCCUCGCGCAGAUCGUUUACUACUUCUCGGCCUACUUCCAGCUUCGCACGGCUGGCGUGGGAGGGCAAGGCGAGGACGUCGAGUUUGUCGUUCCCACGGGAAACUUUGGAGAUGUACUCGCAGGCUACUUUGCAAAGAGACUCGGCCUGCCCAUUUCCAAGCUCGUUGUCGCAACCAACGAGAACGAUAUCCUUCAGCGAUUCUGGGCGACGGGUCGCUACGAGAAGCAGGCCUCCAGCGGCGGCUCUGCGUCAGCAGCAGGGCAGACUGGUCCCGCCGCGGGCUCUUCGGAUGGAUCGCAGGGCGGUGUCAAAGCUACGCUGAGUCCUGCCAUGGACAUCCUCGUCUCGUCAAACUUUGAGCGUCUGCUCUGGUACAUUGCCUACGAGACAUCUGGGCGAUCAAGGAAAGCAGCAGGCGCGCAGCUCCAGACGUGGAUGAAGCAGCUCAAGGAGCAAGGAAAGCUCGAGGUCAGCCCCGAGCAGCUCGCCCUCGCUCGCAAGGACUUUGAUGCCGAGAGAGUCAGUGAUGGGCAGACGAAAGAGACGAUUCUCCGGUAUUUCACCCGGAAGUCCAACGAGCACCACAGCCGAGGCUCCUACCUCAUCGACCCGCACACUGCCGUUGGAUUUGAGGCGGCCAACCGACGAUCGGCCUCGCCAUCCUCGAACAAAGCCCACCAGGUUGUUCUCUCCACGGCGCACCCGGCCAAGUUCGCAGAGGCCGUGACAUCGUCACUCGAGUCGGCCAAUGUCGCGUUCGACUUUGAAAAGGACGUUCUGCCGAAAGAGAUGCAUGGUUUGUUGCAGAAGGAGAGACGUGUCAAGGAGGUCAAGAGGCAAGGAGGGAACGACGCGAUAGCCACCUUUCCCGAGUGGCACCCCAGUGCCAAGCUCCUUUCGUCAUCGUGCAGGGCCAGGCGCGCGUACAGACUAUUUGUCCGUGACGCCGCAGCAAACAAAGCCGGGCUGGGUACGCCAAGGGAGUUGGAUGAGGAGCCCGAGGAGAGGUCGGAGAGGGAAGAGGUGUAG